CUCGUUCUUCCCAAUGUUAUCAAGCCCCACGUCAUCUCACUCAAACUGCUUCAUCCCACGCGACUCUUCCCCAAGAGCCUCAUCAGAAACCCCUCUAUUUUAACCUUUCUCAACCCCAUCACACUCUCACAAUGACUGGACGCGGCAAGGGCGGCAAGGGUCUCGGCAAGGGCGGUGCCAAGCGCCACCGCAAGAUUUUGCGUGACAACAUUCAGGGUAUCACCAAGCCCGCUAUCCGCCGUCUCGCUCGUCGUGGUGGUGUCAAGCGUAUUUCUGCCAUGAUUUACGAAGAGACCCGUGGUGUCCUCAAGUCGUUCCUCGAGGGUGUCAUCCGCGACGCUGUCACCUACACCGAGCACGCCAAGCGCAAGACUGUCACCUCCCUGGAUGUCGUCUACGCGCUGAAGCGUCAAGGCCGCACCCUGUACGGUUUCGGUGGUUGAGCAUUGUUUUCUUGCAUGUCUGUUACGAAUCUUACUUGAGCCACGACGCGUUUUACCCCACAACGCUGAGGCACAAAUGGACUUUGGGAGUGGAGUGUUCUGUCACGAAUGACUAUGGGUUUGGCUGGUUUUUGGUGUUCUACUGUACCAUACGGGAAACAACGGGGUUCUACAUGGAUGGCUUGAUUGGCUUGAACAAUAAUCAAUCCCUCGCCGAGGCACGUUUUGAUCAAUCUG